UGCUGAUAAUAAAAAAAAAUAACAAUAAUAGUAAUAAACACAAGAACAACAACAACAAUAAUAAAAAGAAAUAAAAAUCAUUUGAAAAUAUCACAUUUCUAAAAGCGAAACCUAUUUCCUUUUCCAAAACAGGACGCAGUGAUAAAGAGAGAGAGAGAGAGAGAGAGAGAGAGAGAGAGAGAGAGAGAGAGAGAGAGAGAGAGAGAGAGAGAGAGAGAGAGAGAGAGAGAGAGAGAGAGAGAGAGAUAAAACGCGAUAAGACAGUAAUGACAACAGAUUCCCAAUUAACUCGAUGGCCUUUCACGAAGCUGGCGCUCGGGCAACGGCAGUGCGGCACUGAGUUUCACUGCAAGAGAUCCGUGACAAAGCGUUCUUACGGUUUCGUUUCUCGUGGGACUUUGGCUGGCAACACAGAGGCGUGCCGGGCAGGGGAUCGCUGGCGUUGGCUUAAUAAGCACCUUGGCAUUGUGCCGCUGGUUGACGGCCACGAAAUCCAACAAGGAGAGGGAGAAAUCGGUGGUAGCUCCGCCUCCGUGGCCGUUUGUGAUUUUGUUAUAAACCCGUGGAAUGUGGUGUCCACUAGAGACAGCGAGAGCUGA